AUGAGCGGCAGUGAAUAUCCGUAUCCCAAGUACACGUGGUCUCCCGCUGGCGGCUGGUGGGCCAAGACGGACAAAUGGCAGCGCAAGACGGGCUUGGCGAUCGUCGUGUUGGCUGCAGUGGCCGCUCCAUUGGCGCUGUAUUCGAGGGCGAACCACAUCAAGUUCCCAGCUGAAGAGCGCCGCAAACUCUAG